AUGGUAUUGACCGGAAAAAUCAAGAAGAAAAAUGACGGCGGCGGCGUCGGUGGUGGUGGUGGUGAGGGAUGGGGAAUGGAUAUAUUCCUUGUUUUCUUCCCUGAAGAACAUCAACAAGAUUUAAGCUCCUCCACACCUUCAUCGUCAUUAUCACCAUUCAGAUUUCCCACAGUUAACACCCUUUUCAAACGCAUGAAUUCCAGUCAAAUUCUCAGAAGAGCUCAAUCCACCAUCUACAUUUGUGCUCUGCUCAUCUUCUUGAUGCUCUUUCUCUUCACUCUCUCAACUUUUGAACCCAACAACAACUUCAUAUCAUCUCGUCUUCCCAACUCUCACACUACACUCAGAUCAAAUUCACGUGCAUUACAAGGAUUGGGCACUCUGUAUACACGAGGAACAAUCGCCAUGAACAACCUCCUACUCUGCCACGUUACAGAGUCUGUGACAACAAAAGAUCUUAAAUUGUUCGUGAGAGCAUUUCACAGGUCUGGUUUAGCUUCAAAUUCCGACCUUGUAUUUAUAUUCUCAUCGAUUUCAACACCGCAGUCUUUUGACGUUGUGAUUCUGGAAGAGAACGACUUCUUCCUGAAAAUCAUCGGAAGGUACAAAGCAGAACUGUGCAACGGAAGUAAAGUUUUGGAUUUUCCGGCGAGCUUCGACCUGACUCAGUUCGUGAAAUCCGGCAAGAAGGUAAGGGAGAAAGGAGAGCCAAUCUGGGGUGGAAAAUUGAAGACCAAUAAUUCGAGUUUACAUGAUUGUGGUGAAACUGAUCAUAUUGAGUCAACUCGGAUAAGUUAUGGAUCGGUUGUAGGCUUUGGUGUCGGCGAGCUUGAUCCGGAAACUCGUUAUCCGGGUUCGUAG